AUUGACGAGUUACCUGAAGGAGCCGUGAAGUCUCCCUCAAACAAGUACCAGGUGUUCUUCUUUGGAACGCAUGAGACGGCAUUCCUGGGGGCCAAGGAUUUGUUCCCGUAUGAUGAACAUAAGGAAAAGUUUGGAAAAGCAAACAAGAGGAAAGGCUUUGCUGAGGGACUGUGGGAGAUCGAGAACAACCCCACUGUCACGCACGAAGGCUACGAGUCAUCAAAGAAGGACAACGCGUCAGAAGGUGCAGGGGAUACAGCUACUUCGGAGAAAGCAGAUGCCGAGGGCAGCAGCGAUGAGGAUGAAGGGGCCUUGGUCAUCGACGAGAAGAACGAGAGGGGAGGAACUAAACGAAAAGCAGAGGAGUCCACAGAGGCAUCUCCCAAGCGGCCGAAGGAUGCGGAGGCGGAAGGUGACUCUAAAGUAGACGGCAACAAGUCGAACGCAGAGGCCAAGCUUAAUGACGUGGCUGGACCCAAGGCCACUGCUCCCUCCUCACAGAGCGAGUCAAAAGCAGAGGCCCAGGAAAACACUCCAGCAGGAGGCCAGCUAACAGCAGAUAAGCCUGUGACAGACAGCGCUUAACGUCACAGAAGAAAACCAAGAACCUUUGAGGCUUUUCUCUGGAAUUCAAGCAUCAACGUGAUUACCUGCAGGAUGCCAGAUUUCAGCUGUUUAAUUAAUAGGAGAAUUUUAAAAACCUAAGUGUUUGUAUUGAGAGACAAACAAAUCCUCAUUUGCCAUUUUUGGGGUAUCAUAUAUCCCAGAAACAAAAAGUUUGCUAAUCUGAUUUCAAACAAUUGAAAUGAGCACUUUAAGGCUCAUUUAUAAAUGGGAUUUUGGUGUGUAUAUAUUUUUUAUUUCUAAGUGCAAUUACAUAAUUACAAAGACUGAAUGCUAGGUGUCAAAAAACAUUUUUUCAGUUUAGAGGGAAUAAACACUGAAUAUAUAGUAAAUAAAAAAAACAUUUAAACCACACACAAAAAAAAGAUAAAUACUCAUUUGAUGGUUUUAAAACUUGGAUAUUGUACAGGAAUAAGAACAAAAUUUUCACCCAUGCUCUCAGCUUUAGUUCAUGAGUUAAAUCUUUUACUUCCAUUUGUUUCACCUAGCUUCUCAGCCUCAUCUUCAAUCAUAUAUUCAGUCAUUGGAUACAUGAUGAGUUGCACUUUUCAGAAUUUGUUUUCCUGCCCCAUUAAUCAUUGUCUAGUUCACUGUAUGACGUUUUUAUGCAACACAGGUUUUGUUGCUUUGGUGUCGUGUAUGCUUCAUUGCAGGUGACCAAAUUAUGUGAUUAAUUUCUCCAGGUUGAAUAUAUAUAUAUAUAUAUAAAGCCCAUUAAAGAGGAGCUAUUUUAAGAUUGAAACAAGUCACUUUGUAAGCCCCUCUGUAACUUUCUUUUGCUGAUGAUUGUGCGUUAUUGAACGAAGAAAGACAUUCCUGAAUGUUGUUGUGUCAGACCUCGGUCUUGAAGCGUUUAAGUUUGUUAAAAAAAAAAAAAGUUUCUCGUCACCACUUUUUCUGGAGAAAUUAUUUGGCAAAAAACUUCCAAAUCCAUCAACUCAACUCUCAAUUUCAUUAUUAUAAUAAUUUCUUAUCUAGCUCACAUUAAUGCUGCCAUUGCUUGAUACUGGAGGUGUGAUCGUGAAUUGCAUUCAGUAAUUGGUUGUACCAAAUAUGUUUCUUUUUCAGCUCUGAAAUGUUGCUGACAUUGUUAAUACCAACAUAUGAUCAACACAAAAAUGAAAUGAGAAGAAUACAGAGUGAACCAUAUGUAAAAGUUUCUGACCUUUUGCUUUCCAACCCUCUUAACUGGAAUAAGAGUCUGUUUUACUUCGGUGGUCUUAUUAUUUUGGCUGUGAAACAAAGUUGUGAUGUUUUAAAAGAUGUGUUUUAUUUCGAUAUUUGUUUGGACAACAUGUUCGAAAUGUGGUGUUUGUUAUUUUCCACUAUAGGUAAUUUUUAAGGUUCAAGUCUUUACAAACGCUUGACCUGCUCACCGUGUUAUUGUCAUUGCAUCAGUGUUCUUUCGUGAGCCCACAGUUAAUCAUCAAAAUGAUGAACCUAAGGGAAAUCUCAGCUUUUAAAAGUAAAAAUAACAAUGACUGCUGUGUUUAAGAAGGCUUAUACCAACCUACACCACACCACAUAUUUCAAACUAUAAAAUGGUCAAAGUUGAGUUACUUCCAUGGGUAUAAUUUGGCAUUAAAGUGUAAUUCUUGGUUUAGCUUUCUCUUGUUACUUUUGGAAGCUGUCAUUCAUCUUAAUCUGCUGCUUAGUUUACUGUUGUAGUUGCCAGUCCAUUUAAUAAACAUGUCGAUUACAAAAAAAAA